AUGGCCAACUCGAGUGAUGUGGGGUUGGACAUGGGGCCCAUCUUGAUGUCUGACCGUGAGAGGGAGAUCUCCAACAUCAUGUUCUUCGCCGUCAUCAUCCACCUGAUCAGCAUCCUGGGCACUGUGGCCAACGUCAUCAAUAUCAUCGUCUUCAUCAAACAGGGUUUUCAAGACACGGUGAACAUCAGCUUUCUAGCCUUGAGCAUUUCAGAUUUGGGGAGUUUGGUUACCAUGGUAGCUGAAGGAAUAACGGUCAUCGUGGCCUUGGUGUGGCCUGAUGUUCCCAUGAACAAGGAUGACGUCUGUUACCUGAUAGGAGCACUGCCCCACGCCACGUUUGUCCGCGUGAGCUGGCUCAUCACCAGUUUCAUCACGUUCGAGCGGUGCCUGUGCGUGAGCAUGCCCCUCAAGGUCAAGCAGAUCAUCACCGGCACGCGCACGGUCGUGGCGAUGGUGUGCAUCUACGUCAUCGUUUUCCUGGGCAUGUCGCCCUUCUUCAUCGGCAAUCAGCUGAGCAGCCAGUUCAACCCCCAGACCAACACAAGCCGCAUCGUGCGGGUGUCCAUUGACAACGUCUUCUUCACCGACAACAUUGGGCACAACUUCAGCGUGGCUGCGCAGUUUGGUUCCAUCAUCUUUAGCCUCGUUUCCACUGCCGUCAUCGUCAGGCAGAUGGAGGUCAAAUGGAAAUGGCGGAUGGAGUCCACAACCGGUGCGCAAAGUGAGAAACUUUCAGUGCGGGAUAAGAAACUGGUGAAAAUGGUGUUGACGAUUUUGUAUGUGUACAUUGCUUGUCUAAUCCCCAGCUGUCUUACGUUUAUCCUUGAAAUAGUGUACCAAGAGAGGUUCAGCUUCAUGGGGCCCAACUACAACGUGUACCUUUGUGUCGUCUCUGUUAUAAUCACAUUUGAAGUUGCUCACAGCACUGUCAACAUUUUUAUCUACUACUAUAUGAGUGCCAAAUACAAUGCGACUUUUAAGCAGCUGUUUUUCAAAUCGAACGAGAAAUUAAAAAUGCUGGAUUAUUACAUGGUGUGUUUUUCUUUUUAUUAG